UAAACUCUCCAAGAUGCAUUAUUAUUUUUACACGAGGCGACAGAGCGGCUCAUUCUGUGGUGUUGAGUCAAUUGAGUGAUCUGUAAGAGACACAGCGAGAGGCUUAGCUGAGAGUGUGGGAUUAAUAUCUAAGGUAUGGAUAGUUGCUAAAUACUCUUUGAUUUGUGAUUAAUAUCUGAUAUUGGUGUUGGUCUCGGUGUGGGUUUUUGGGUUAUUUUUUAAGUAUUUCGAUGGUUGACUACUGAUUUUUAUGGUUCGUUUUUGGGUCUUUGUGGGCGUGGGUUAUUGUUGUUUCCGACUUUGAAUUGAUUUCUUUUUUUCAGUUUUUAUUGAUGUUUCGUGAUUUGGGUGUGUGGAUUUGUAUUUGAAUUUGUAAAGGUGGAUCUUUCUCUCGUUUUCUGUCGGUCUGAAUAUCUAAUUUGCGUUUGUUCUCAUCCUUAUUUGUUUUCAUAUAUUGAUUGGUGGAAAUUUGAAAAGAAUUUAGUUCCUUUAUUGAAAAUUCUGUGAUGGCUAAUCUUACAUAUUAUCAUGGAAUUCUAGGCUGUGUGAAAAGCAUGCUUGCUCUUUUGAGGAGGUUUUCAUCGCUUUGAGAUUGUUAUGUGCUUCUUAGCGAAAAAUUGAAACUUUUUGGUUCGCAAAUGAGGUGGAUCUAGCAAUGGAUCCAUUUUGUUUGACUCGAAUAAAACAAAUUCCAAUCUUUCAAGCUUGGUAACUUCUGAAUUUGGAGAUGGAAGUAUGGCCCAUAAUUUUUCCUAGAUGUUAUAUCUGAUUUCCGUUCUUUGUCAUCCAAGGUCGUUUUUCCCCCUUUCUGUUCUUUUUUAUUCAAUUCAUCUGUACUUCCUCACUCUUAGGGUUACUUUUAUAUCAAAACUAAAAGGUGUGUUUUUCAUAGGAAGGCGAAUAGACGUAUAUAGAGAUUUCUAUGUGAGAUCUUAUUCUUUUGCCUUAAACUUUUGAACUCACCGACAUAUAUGCACUCACAGACGCUCAAUUCAUUGUUUAUUGUAUACUGAAACAGGUUAUAUUUCAUUUACGUUCAUCUGAUAGUUAGGUUAAUGGAGUAGAUUUAAUCGGAGUUGUCAUUCUAUUGUUUUGUUCUCAACUUACAAAGUUACUGAGAUAGGUGUAAAACAUAUAGGUUUUAGGUGUUAUUUAUGUGUGAGAUCAAGUGAUUGGAGAUGCAUGUGAUCUGUUCAAAUUUCUAUUUAGUACCUUGCGUAACAUGUUGGAAACUAGUGACUACGGUUUGAAGAUUUAAGGCAGAUUUGAAGUUAUCACAGUUGUAGAUUGUGGCUUAGUUAUGGGAGAUUUCUAUGGAGAACCUGUGACCCUUUAUCUUCUGAUCCACAAGUUUUAUAAUAUUCUGUUAAGUAGGUGUCAGAAACUGUCUCGUGCAGAGAAACUAUCUUCUUUGGAGAGAUGUUCCACAAAACUAAAUUCAUUUUCUACCCUUUUUCUUCAGUUUGGGCUAUUGAUUUUCAAUUUUCUGCCCAUUCUAGUGACAGUCUAUCAUCUAUGAUCUACACCAGCUAAGUCAAUCUCAAUUGUAUUUAUCCUAUUACCUAUAUUCAUUGGCGACUUCUUUUGCUCAAAUGUUUAGUUGCUCUUAGCAACUCCUAGCAAAUACUUGACUACCCAGCCACAAAAUUAAAAGAAGAGAAAAGAAACAAGGUGAAGCCUUUGAGGUGUAAGUUUCCAUCGUAUCUUUUUAUGAAGAUUGGAAGCAAAAGUGUCAAACAACCUACUACCAACGUGAUUUAAUAACCAUGAUCAUGAAUGGUUGCUUAAACUUCUAGGAAGGGGUUGGCCUGGAAAUUAUACAUGAUCAUCAAUGGGACUUAAAGUCAAGGGAGGGCUUGAACCGGGGUAUAUAGAGUCUGAGCAGAAAUGAGAGCCAAGUGCUCAUGGUGCAAGAGCAUUUAUUUAUCUUGGCACUCAAAUGGCCCAGUUGCAAUGUAUUCAUUGCUGGCCCAGUUUCUGUCCAAGGUAUAAUUUUGUUGGAGAGGCUUUUGGCCAUAAGAAGUCUAAGAACAAGCAUAAGGGCGGAGGCCGAGGCGACAGAGGUGGUGACUCUGCUGCAGGGUCAUAGAAACUAUAAUAUCGUAUGAAACUUUACCUCUUGCUCUAGCAGAAGUAUUCCAUGACUGAGGCUUACAAGCAAAUCAUCUACCUGUUUAUCAAGUCUUGCCAUGUAUUCUGCGACUGUCAUGUUUUGAUGAAUGACUGAUAUAACCAAGUCCUGGAAACACUUAUAGUGCCACCAGCAAUCUUACAUUUGUUUCUUGUAUAAGUCGGUGACGUAUUAUUUACAGAUGCAAACAUCCCAGGAGCACCAUAGUUCAGCCAGUUUCCAAGGGUUGUACCGUCAGCCUUUGCAAGAUCCCUAUUGUUUGUCUCAUUUCCAGAUCUUAGAAAACAAUGUCUCUGCCGAUAUGGGCAACCAAGGAACAAGUGUUUCCUUUGAACCCGAACAAUACUUCACCUUGGAGUCAUCUCCAGCUACUGAUGGUUACAUUGUCUGUGAUUCCCCAUCUAUUUCUAGUGGCUUGUCCAAUAGAAGUCCCUUUUCCCCCCAAGUUUCUCAGUCAUAUAUGUCUGAUCCACAUCGUUCUCCUGAAAACAACUAUGGGUCGCCAGCAAGUGGCUCUUCUGUUGCUGAUAAUGGCAAUGAAAUGAGGCACAAGCUCCGGGAAAUCGAAACUGUUUUGCUGGGUUCUGAACCAGAUAUUGGCGACAGCUGCUAUAACUCUCUUGUUAGUGGAAUCCACCAUGUCACUUCCACAUCAAGGUGGGAUUUGGAUCAACUGGUUGAAAUGAUCCCCAGGUUAGACUUGAGAGAGGUGCUCAUUUGCUGUGCAGAAGCAGUAUCCAAUAAUGAUGUAUCAACGGCGGUUGCUCUAAUGAAAGUGCUGGAGAAGAAGGUAUCUGUGUCUGGAGAUCCUAUCCAACGUUUGGGUGCUUACAUGUUGGAAGGGCUUAGGGCAAGGUUAGAACGCUCAGGGAGUGUAAUCUACAAAUCCUUGAAGUGCGAGGAACCAACAAGCUCAGAACUAAUGUCAUACAUGUCUAUCCUCUAUGGGAUUUGCCCCUACUGGAAGUUUGCUUACGUGUCUGCAAAUGCUGUCAUUGGGGAAGUUAUGGCAAAUGAGCGCAGAAUCCACAUCAUUGAUUUCCAGAUUGCACAGGGCAGUCAGUGGAUGCUCCUCAUCAAGGCGCUUGAACGUCGCCCUGGUGGGCCUCCCCUUGCCCUCCGCAUCACAGGUGUUGAUGAUUCCCAAUCAGCUCAUGCUCGAGGUGGGGGACUUAAUAUUGUAGGGCAGAAGCUGUUAGCAUUUGCUAAGUCGUGCCAAGUACCACUUGAGUUUCAUGCUGCUCCCAUGUCCGGUUGUGAGGUUGAGCUAGAAAAUCUGAGCGUUCGACCUGGGGAAGCCCUGGCUGUUAAUUUCCCAUACGUGUUGCACCACAUGCCAGACGAGAGUGUGAGCACACAGAAUCACAGGGACAGACUCUUGAGGCUGGUCAAAAGUUUGUCACCCAAGGUUGUGACUCUUAUUGAGCAAGAGUCCAACACCAACACUUCCCCAUUUUUCCCAAGGUUCAAAGAGACAAUGGAAUAUUAUACAGCCAUGUUUGAAUCGAUUGAUGCUGCUCAGCACCCAAGACAUGACAAGCGGCGGAUCCGCGCAGAAGAGAACUGUGUGGCUCGUGACAUAGUAAAUAUGGUAGCUUGUGAGGAUGCUGAGAGAGUGGAGCGUCACGAACUUCUGGGAAAAUGGAGGUCAAGACUUUCAAUGGCGGGUUUCACUCCGUACCCAUUGAGUUCUUCUGUGGCUAAUACUGUUAUAGAUCUACUUGGGAACUAUAAUGAGAAUUAUAGACUCGCGGAGAGCGGUGGGGCUCUCUACCUUGGUUGGAAGAACAGACCUAUGGUUACCUCCUCUGCCUGGUGGUAACAAUGAUUGCUCUGAAAAAUCAUGUAAAUCUUCGUUCUCUCUUUUCUUGACUUCUGUAGCACGAGAGAGUAGUUUGUGUAGUUUUAUAGAAUCGAGAGUAGCAGUCUUCCAAGAACAUCCAUUUUAGGGCAUAAAGCUGAAUCUCUCUGAAUUCAUUGUAUAAGUCCGCUAAAACUGAAAGAAAAUAUGUCUCAUUAUACUGCA